UGUUCAGAUGAGAUGGGAACUGUCAUAGUUUCAGCAAGAGACAAACUGAAUUUACUGUAAAGCGAAUGUUUUGUUUGGAAAAGUUGAUCGACGACAAAAUCUAUAAUUAAUUAUAGAUUCCUGUAUGGAUAUUAACUGUAUGGAGUGUUUGUUCAUUUGACUGCUAUGGUGUCUCCGAGCACAUAAUUGUACUAAUACAAGAAGCUCUUCGUCUUCAAGGAACAACGUCUGUUUGAGUCCAGAAUGGCAAAUGAUUCUCUUUCCAUGACAGAGACCGUAAGAGUCACAUGUGCUCUGGAGAUCAAGAGAGAAUAUGAGCUGAUACCAGCUGUUUCCUGCUCCGUCUGCUUCACUCUGGCCAUCGCUUACUGUUUCUGUGGUUACCGCUGUUUUAAAAUGGCGAUGUUUCUGUCCGGUCUGGCGUUUGGCACCGCUGUUGGUCAUCUGUUGUGUCUGCGAGAGCAGCUGGAUACUCAAACGCGAGCGGGCAUCUCUCUGGGCGUCGGUUUACUGGGCGCGCUCGUGACAGUGCUAGUGCACUGCGUUGGACUCUUCCUCACUGGUCUGCUGUUGGGUUUGCUUCUCUCUGUCGCCGCCUUGCUGCUGGUGGGGCAAUAUUACUCCAUAUUCACCGUUGCAUGGAUUCCUGUCGGUGCAGUCUUGGGAACUAGCAUUUUCUUUGCGCUGAUCACUCUGUGCUGGAGGAAACCCAUGACUAUAGUUGCUACUGCAGUGAUGGGAUCAGCCGUAGCAACAGGGUGUGUGGAUUACUGGGUGGAGAUGCCCAUGUUGGUGUUCCGGGUGUAUGAGGGUCUGCAGAGAAUGCAGGGCUUGUGCUGGUACAGCUGGAUCAUGAUCGGGAUUUGGCCUUUACUGGGAUCACUGGGAACUCUGGUGCAGUGCAGAAUCACAGCCAAUGGACUGUCACAUACUGACGUGGCUGUGUGUGGAAAACGGAAGCAGCUCAACUUAAUGAGAAUCAGACAGACAGAUGAGCGGAGACAGACAGAUGGAACGUAUCGCCGCAGACCGCCACCCCUCAAACGCUACGCAGGAGAUGUGCUGGCCCCCAGUUAUCUGGCGAGUUUGCGAGAGCGGCAGAUGAACACGGGCUCGUCAUUGAGCAGUUUGAGUUCUGUUCAUCACACCGUGAUCGACUUUGAUUAUGAAACUGGAUCAUUGGUGCCUCUUACGGCUUCGGCGUCUGCAGUUCUGCGUUUGUGAGUGCUUGAGGGACGUCUGCACAACAGUCCCACACCACUAAAGCACUGAGAGACCAUGAACUCAUGGAUCACACGUGUCUGAAUCAUUAAUCUGAAUUUAGAAGGAUCUGAUCAGCUUUCGAUUGUCAUUCAGUAUAAAGAUAUUUCUGUGUCUGAAGUGGUUGACAUUUAAACUGAACAUUCUCUCUUCAUUUGCUGUGAAGUGCCAUUAAAUGUUUACCUUCAGUCGAUAAAGUUUUGAAAAUAAUUAAAAAUCCAUUUCAAUGUGUGGACAUGAAAUGAAUGACAGAAAUGAAAACUUGCUGUCAUUUGGGUUAUUAUCUCCAAUACUAGAGCUACUGGACUGCUGUUUGUUUGGCUUUGUUGUUCAUUUAAAGGUGCAGUGUGUAAAUUCUGGAACCAAAUGGAACUGCAAAAAUAAUGACUGUUUUCAAACUGUUUUCCACAACACUUUUACCACCCUUUUCACCCUGCUUCCCAUCUGUCAGACAAACAGAGAAAGUCCUGCUUCAAACUUACACCAUUGUUUGAGUCAGAAGUUGAUAAGUCUGGCCGCUCAAACAAACAGAUCAAUGUUUACAAGUCAUCACAAUGUUUCCACUCUUCAGGUCAUUGACGGACUGAUUGUCAGAAACUGCGUUGAGUUUAAUCCAGUGCAUUUCUUUCUUUUUUCUCCCCUUUUCUUCCCAAUUUGGAAUGUCCAAUUCCCAAUGCGCUCCAAGUCCUCGUGGUGGCGUAGUGACUCGCCUCAAUCCAGGUGGUGGAGGACGAAUCUCAGUUGCCUCCGCGUCUGAGACGUCAAUCCGCGCAUCUUAUCACGUGGCUUGUUGAGCGAGUUACCGCAGAGACCUAGCGCGUGUGGAGGCUUCACGCUAUUCUCUACGGCAUCCACACACAACUCACCACACGCCCCACCGAGAGCGAGAACCACAUUAUAGUGACCAUGAGGAGGUUACCCCAUGUGACUCUAUCCACCCUAGCAACCGGGCCAAUUUGGUUGUUAAGAGACCUGGCUGGAGUCACUCAGCACACCCUGGAUUCAAACUCAUAACUCCAGGUGUGAUAGUCAGCGUCUUUACUCGUCUUUAAUCCAGUGCAUUUCUGAGAAAAAGCACGAGAGUAAACGUUCAGAUUUCUGGUUUUCAUAUUGUGGACUGGGACUGCUGAGCUCAGAAAAUGGCAAAUAAGCACCAGAAAAGUUCCAUACGACCUGUGCCCUACAUUUUAAGUGUUUUGAAGCUUUGCUAAGGAAAAGACCAAAAUCUAAAUUGUUGUUUGCUGAAAACAUUCCUCUCUGGCACAGCUCUCAAGUCUCAUUGCAUGACGAGAUGAAUUAUGCAGGUUUGAGUUCACAUUAAAACCAAUGCCGAUAGACAUUAUAAUAUCAUGUUAAGUUGUUUUGUUUAUCAUUAGCACAGCUUACUCUGAGUGUAUGGGGUAUUAAAAUGCUAAAGAUGAGAAUCAGAUUGCAGCACAUCGACAAUGUAGACAACUGUGUGAAACAAGACUGUAAACACAAAGCUAGUAAUAUAAAAGUAAUACAAAUCUUCUGUAUGUAAAAAGAAAGUAAAGAGUUUAAAGUAAAAUCUCUAUGUAAAACUAGAAGAGUAAUGGGAAAGAAGCGCUGAGGUAGAAGUUGCUGUACCUUCAUUACACGUCUAAAGCGAUGUGCUAUGAUUGAAUUGAAUGUGAGCAUAAAUAGGAUUAGAGAACUGCAGUAAACUUUUAUGGUCUCCAUUUAUUUUCAUUGAAAAAUAAAAAGAAUUCUGCACAUUUGGCAAUAUUGCUCCUGUGAGCGCUUUGAUCAAUAUAUUGAUAAAUGUUUUAUUACUUUGCGAUCAUUCCAUGCAUUGACCUUUUCAUGACAUUCUCUGUGUGUGUUUGCCUGAGACAAGUGAGGUGUGGAAACUUGUGUUUCUGCAAGAAGUGCUGAUGUGUGACAAAUCACCGAACUUUGAGUGUGUAUGUGUACAUGCAAACAAACAUAUCUCAUGACUUGUGUGGUCACACCCGUGACCCCUUUAGAGGGUAUAAAAAACAAGUACAGCUGUUGUUUUGCAGAUCUCUCUUCAUAUGUAUAUCAACCGGUGCUUGUUUGAGCUCUAAUAAAAGCCAUUCUUUGGAGCCCUUCAUCCUCGGUGUCCUGUGUCUCUUUCUGGCUUAAGAGAGAAACAUCACUGCUCCAGCAGCUCCUUUGGUGUUCCACAGAAGAAAUUCAAACAGGUCUGGUCUGAUGUGAUGUGUAAUGAGUAAAUGAUGACAGAAUUUCCCCAAAAUGAAACAUUUACUAGCCAAUCAUUUUAGUGUUUAAACACUGUGGCUUAAAGCAAAUAAUGGCUUCAGUUUCAAACUAUUUUAUUAACAAAUACUUAAUGAGGGUUCUCAGGUAAUCACUGCUGGAUAAACAUAUGUUUAUAAUUUAUGUGGAUACAAAUGAGAGAGAGAUUACUACUAA